UACAUAUCUAAAAUAAAACAGUUUUCUAAACUGGACUUUCAAUCCAAGCAGGAGGUAAUAAAGGAAGAUCUCCAUCGAGACAGAGAGACUUUAAAAACUGAAGAAAGAUAAGGAAGACUUCUAUAAACAAGUUAUCGAUGCUUUUGAUCAGAAGGAGCUGCGCAUGGGCUUCAUUUAUAAGUAAAGGUCGAAUAAUAGAUUGUGCCUUCACCGUCACAUUCAACCCCAAAUAUGACAGACUGCUGGAGGCUGUAAGGGAUGCAACGGACACUGGGAUUAAGUUUGCGGGCAUCGACGUGCGCCUGUGUGACGUUGGCGAGACCAUCCAGGAGGUCAUGGAGUCUUACGAAGUGGAGAUAGAUGGCAAGACGUAUCAAGUGAAGCCAAUCCGGAACCUCAAUGGCCACUCUAUUGGACAAUACAGGAUACACUCAGGAAAGACGGUGCCUAUCGUGAAAGGAGGAGAGGCGACACGGAUGGAGGAAGGUGAAACCUACGCCAUCGAGACUUUCGGCAGCACAGGACGCGGCGCCGUCCACGACGACAUGGAGUGCUCGCACUACAUGAAGAACUUCAACGUCGGACACGUGCCGAUAAGACUUCCGAGGGCCAAGCACCUCCUGAACGUGAUCAACGAGAACUUCGGCACCUUGGCGUUCUGCCGCCGCUGGCUGGACCGGCUGGGCGAGAGCAAGUACCUGUUGGCGCUGAAGAACCUGUGCGACCUGGGUAUCGUGGACCCCUACCCGCCGCUGUGUGACAUCAAAGGCAGCUACACGGCCCAGUACGAACACACCAUCCUCCUCAGGCCCACCUGCAAGGAGGUGGUCAGUCGGGGAGACGACUAUUAGCUGACACGGGUCUAAUGACUACAGUCUACCAGGACUCCCUGGAAUACAGUGUGCAAAAUGUCAGGUAUUCCUAUAGAGCAGGGGUGCCCAUUACGUCGAUCGCGAGCUACCAGUCGCCCGCGGGGGGUGUGUCAGUCGAUCUCCAGCCAGGCUUUUAAAAAAAAUAGACCUAAAAAUUAGUGAUCAUCAAUCUUCACCAAGACGUCACUUAAAUGACAUUCACGGUACCGGAGGGUCUUGUGAGAUGACGCUGGCUGCUGCAAGAUCAUU